AUGGCUGAAGAGAGCUUCGCCACCGCUUUGUCCAGCGGGGAGAUUACUAUGGAGUUGUUCCACCAGCGUCAUAUUACCUACCUGCAUCAGAUCAUUCGAGCGUCAGCCCACAAUGGUGCCUUGAGGAGGCAACUCUGGAUGGCAGAUACCGAGCGCCAGCGCAGGUUGAUAGGCGAAAUGGCAGCUGCGAACCUGUCCCACCAUCAGCAACUACACUGGGAAAAGGUCGCUCAUGCCCAAACCAGGCAAGCGUUGGAGGUCGAAAAGAAUUUACAUCUCCAAACGAGAACAAUCAUUGAUCGUCAGGAGCAUACGCUUUCUAGUGUUCGUGCAGCCCUCAAUGCUACCGAGCAGGCCUUAGGUCUUGAGCGGGAGCGAUCGGAGGAAAUGGCAGCCGAGUUAGAUCGGACACUGAGGAAGUUCCACUUGGUGGAUACUUUAGUGGACACGAUGCUUCUUCAGGAGGACAUCCAGUUGGAUAUGCCUGACCGUUCCAGACAAAUCACUGAUUUGAUACUGGACUUGGAGAGGAAAAUGGAAGAAAGGUAUCGUGCUGUAUUGAGCCAGAAAGAUGUACAAAUCGCACGGUUGCAAGACAUGCUUGGAAGCCUACAGAAAAGGGCAUUGCCUGGAAGGGCACAGACUGUCGGCCAGGCUGCACCACAGUUGGUAUACGGGUGCCGACUUGCUCGGCUGGCCAGUGAACUGUCUGAGCCGUCGACCCAGCUACCCCAAAUGAUCUUCUUCGCAGGCCACCGUCUGAAAAACCAGGCACUAAGGCAGCCACGAUUCUUCGUGGAUUGUGAUCCUACCGGCGACUUCACAUCACAAGCUUUUGGGAGCCCAAGGAUCUGUCACCCAGAGAAGGUUUUUCCGCUCGACACGUCCUUCCAGGGACGUUACCUGCAGGAUCUCAUACUCUCACGUUUGAUUUUUCCAUUUAUCGACGUGCUCUGUAUCUUUGCUGAGGAUAUAGGUGGACUGGGGGCAGCCCGUAACUUACUCCUGGCCUGGGCGAAGAUCGGAUCUGCCUCUAGCCUAUCUCAUGCGGUAAGGCCCAGGGUGGUGAUUGUCGUUAGUGCCACUCAAAGCACCACGCAUGACAUCCUCGACGACGGGGAGUUUCUCCACGAGCUGCUCGAAGCUGGGGAUGUGCCGUUCCUGGCAGCCUUUGGGGAAGUUAGGAUAUGCCGUCUUCCGCCCGAAGGUAUCUCGCCUGAGGCUCGCUUUUUAGGGUUGGCAGAGGAUAUUUCCAGGGGGCUCCGGGACAUGAGGCGUAUUCGUGAUCGCCACAAUGUUCUCUUCUCCGCAACACACCUGGAGGCCUUUUUCAGACUGGCCUUGGAGCAUAUAUCUGCAUCGCUGCUCUCAUCAUUCGACUUUAUACGCGCGGCCCGGUAUCAGAAUCCAUUAGACGGUGCAUUUACAUCUCAUAUCACCAACUUCCUCAAGCUGGGAAACAGAACACGAGCCCCCUAUAACAUCAUGGCAUCUUACAUUGCGUCCGCCAUCUUAAUGGAUGCCUAUCCCACGGGGAUGCACCCUCGGGUAUUAAGUAUUGACGGGGGUGGGCCUCGAUGCGUUAUUCCUCUUCAAAACCUAGAAAUACUGCAGGAAUUCAUUGGCCCAGAUCUUUCUGUUGCAGAAAUGUUUGAACUCAAGGUCGGAACCAGCUCGGGUGGCUUGGUAGUCCUUGGUCUUGAUAUUCUUCAUUUAACGGUGCCCCAGUGUCAGUCGCUUUUCCAAGCAUUAGCCAGGAAAAUUUUUGAUCCCACUCGACGAAGACGACUUCUCAGCAUUCUACUGGCUGACGAGGUCUAUGAUACUGCAGUAUUUGAGGACACCCUAAAAGAGUAUUUUGGGGCCAGUCGCCGAAUUCUGGACGUCCAACCGUCACUGCUGUCCACAGGAAAGGUGGCUGUGACCGCCACCUCAAUCAAUGAUGGUUCUUUGUAUAUCUUCACAAACUACAAUGGUACUGCACCACAUAGAGCAGAAUCAGUUUACGAAAGACUACGGCCUGAUAUCGAGCAUGAGCCUUUUGUUUGGCAGGUUGCUCGUGCAACAUCAGCAGCCCCACCCUACUUUUCAACUAUUAAUAUACCCGGCUUGGGCACCUUUCAGGACGGUGGCAUGGGGCGGCACAACUGUCCGCUCAAUGUAGCAUUAUCGGAAGUUAAACACUUAUGGCCCAGCGUGGCAGACCCUGAUGCUGUUAUCACACUCGGAACUGGGAGUGAACUGGCUUCACCAAGACUCUCACGCUUCCGUAAUAUUGUGGUCGAUGGGUGGAUUCCACGGGUAUAUCGGUCACUGAAAAAUUCAUUCGACGGCCAAACAACAUGGAAGGAGGUAAAGAUGCGUUUACAUGACGAUGUACAGAAUGGAUACUUUAGAUUCGAUGAAUAUCUCUCAGAUGGGUUGCCUGCCAUAGACGACACCAAGUGCAUGGAUUCAUUAACUGCCCAAACUCGAAUGCAGUCGGGAAGAUAUCACGAAGAGGCAGCACUAACAUUGCUUACUACAUGCCUAUAUUUCCGACUAGAUACUCUGCCAGAAUACCGGACUGUUCGUUUCUUUGUGCGUGAUCUCGAAGAAAAUUUUAUUCUAUCUCUACGGCUCGGUUCUACAAAACGCCGGUUAAGUGCAUUUCCAAGGAAAAUACAAUGGUUUAUUGAUGAGCAAAAGCUCGACUGUCCAUUUGGGACCUCCAAUCACAGCAUACCGUUCAGAGUGGACUGUCCAGCUUGUGACACGCGAACCAAAACUCGAGGUCAGAAGAGGAAGUACAUGGAUAUUUAA